AUGACAAAGAUCAAUUAUAGAAAACUGUACUAAGGAAGUUUAUAUCUGCUAUCACUCUACUUCAUCUAUGAAGGACUACAAAAUAUCUUUGAUAAUGAUAUAAGAACCUCCAGAUUGAAUUUGAAGAUAUACAACACAGAGUCGUACAUCUACAAUAACUUUAGUAGAUCCUUCAAGUUCUACGAAGCUUCCCUCGCUUUCACAAAUAUACUCCUCUUUUUAUAUGGCUUCUUGAUGCUUGUCUCUGGAUGUGCCACUGCAUUUUUCGAUGACCUUGAAACUAGAGACUAUUUCCUUAGAAUCUUGAUUGGACUAUAGAUCGUUGAAGCAUUUAUUAUUCAUAAUCCUUUUAUUGAGACUUCUGAGAUGAAAACUAGAGACAUGAUCUGGUUUGUGAGGACUGCAGUGGUGAGCGUUUACUGGGAGAGAACUAAAUCCAAUAUCAGAGCAUGCCGAGAUGAAGACAUUUAAUUGAUUGGCUCUUAGCUGUAGCAAAUAGAACUGUACAAAAAAGCUCCUUAAGCAUGGGUAUUAAGUAUAGCAUUAAUUUUUUUUAGUUUAUGCAAGUAGCAUUUUUGCCAUCAAAUGAAACUUGUCUUUGCCAAAGAAUUCAGAGAUCUUUAUCGAUCCUCAGAAGUAGCUUAUGCAUCGCUAGAUUUCACUGGAAAAGGCUUCAUAACAUAAGCUGACUUUACAUAGAGUGUUGCUGUUCAGAAUAUAUUAAAGAAACGAUUAAAGAAUAUGUAAACCUAUUCGAUAGAAGAUGUUCACUUGUUUAUGCAAUUUCUAAACAUGUUUCCCUUAAAAGGAGGUAUUCGCUAAAAAUUGAUCGAUCAAAGUGAUGGCAUCUCUAGAGGUGUUAUGAUAUUUGAUAGCUUUAAGAAGUACUUUUUCCCUCAUCUACAUCAAACGUUUAACAUUGCUGAAGUUAUGAAUGAGAAAAUUUAAGAAUCUGUGCUGAAGUAAGAACAAAAUUAGAAGCAAACACAGCCAGAAUAUGUGAAGGAAAGAUUAACGAAGCUUGAUCAAUUUUUAAAAGAUAAAUUUGCAAAGAUUUGGGUCUCUGUAAGAAAAGCAUUUCUUGAUCUAGAUGGUGAUCAUGAUGGAUAUAUUACGGUUGAAGACAUAAUUAGAUAUUUUGGAGCUGACAAUGAAUUUCAAUUUUAAGAGGUCAAGAAACUAUUGGAAAGCAAAGCCUCAAAUGAAUCUGGUAUUGGAAUCAAUUACCAAGAAUUUUCUAAAUGGGUUGGCAAUGCUAUUCACUCUGUUUAAGGUUUCUAUUUCAGACAUGACUCAGUGAUGAACCCUGCAUUUGAGAUCAAUAAAGUGAAGUUUGAUAAGAACUGUGGAUAAUUCUAAGAUGGAAUAAGGAAAAGUAUUGUCUAGGAUAAAGACAUAGUUGAUAGGGUUUUGGAAAAAUUUUAGUAAUAAUGGAAAACUAUAAAAAAGUCAUUUCAUGAUAUGAGUAAAGAUAAAUCAGGGGGUAUCAUUCAUGAGGAAUUAAAGUUCUAUCUUGAUCAUUGGGGGUUUAAAGUAGAUACUGAAACUCUUAAUUACAUUUAUAAGAGACUGGAUUGGGAUAAAGAUGGACUUGUGUCCUAUGCUGACUUCUAGAAAACAGUUGGAAGUGAAAUUCAUCCUGGGGAGAGUUUGUUUUUCAGAUAAGACUAGCCACAUUAAUCUAAAAUUAGUACAUGCAAGCAGCCAAAAUGCUGGUAGCCUACUCAGUCCAACAAGAAUUUCUGUCAACUUCAUUAAAGGGUUAACUCUGACUAAGUGAAUGCCUUUUUCAAUCGAUUAAGGCUUAAAAUAGGCAGCAAAUGGUAGCAUUUCAUAAAUCAAUGCAAAAGGAAAGCUGACUAAUCAGAUUAAAAUCAAAUAUCAUUGGAGAUAUUUUAGGAGUUAUUGCAGAAGUUUGAUAUCAAAAUAUAAAAUAAUGAUAAGGAAAAGAUGCUUGAUGUUUACCCAGGCAAUGAUGAGGGGUAGAGAAUGCUAAUAGACCUAUCAAACAUGUACAACAUCAAGGAUUAGGAAUAAGUAGCCUAGUUGUACAAAAGUGUGGACCUUGAUUAGUCAGAUCAUGAUGAUAAUCCAGUUGAUUCAAGUGGAUACACAGGCCAACUCUUUAGAAAGAAAAUAAAGCUUCCUGUAAUGACUGAGGUAGAAUUCUAUGAUAAGAUAAUUGAAAAUGAAAUUAACUUUGCGAAGGUCAUGAGACUCAUACGUAACAUUGACAAGGAUAACAAUGGGUAUGUAACAAUAACAGAAUUAGAUGAUAUCAUCAAGAUAUGCUAUCCUGAACUUUAAAAUAAAGAUAUUUAUUAAUGUCUCAAGCACUAUAGAUCAAUCUAAAAUCGCAUUCUAGUAGAUUAUAAAAGACUAAGGAGUCAUGUUGUUGACUUAUUCAAAGCAAAAACAGGGGCAAAAGAUGAAUUCGAGAUUAUUGAGAAGCAUUUUUAGGAUAUUGAUCCUUAGCUAAUAAGACUCAAAGAAAGUCUUAAAAAAUACUAAUCAUAGUAGCGCUCAAUGAAUAUGAAUAAAACUUUAAGUAUUUUCAAAUCGGCAAAAUAAAGAAGAAUAGAGGAUGAGGAUUCAAAAUUCAAAGUUAAUCUUGAUGUAAGACAUAAUUUAAAGACAUAUAAAAUAAGAGAUAAGUCUACAGAAGAUGACAUAAAGAUUAAGUAAGAUAACUAUUAAUAAUAGAAACUGACGAAACCACUAAUUAAUUAUACUGGAGCCUAUGAAAUUUCUAAUGAGAAAGCUAAUUCAAAAUUUGAACCCCUUUUAUUAACAUAGAUCAAGUAAAAGCAGGUUUCGUAUUAGCAAUCAAAUCAGCUUUCUACCUUUGAAAUUAGUGCUAGAGAUUAAUCACUAAAGAAUGAGCCAAAUCAAAGGUAUAAUCUAAACGCUUACAAUUUUGAUCCAUAAAGUAGCUAUUCAAAUAUACAGGGAAAUUCUAUCAUAUCUGUCUUAAAAUCCUCAAGCAAAUUUAAAUAGAGAAACGUGCAUAAAAUGACUACCCAGUCAACUUAAAAAUCGAGAAACACAGGAGGACCUAGCGUUUAAACCAUCAAGAAUAGUAAUCAUACGAUAUCUAAAGAUCUACUCGACUAAAAUAACAGUAGUGUUGAUUUGAACAGAUCCAUAGAACUUAUAAAAUAAACUGCGCCAUUAGUUAAAAGCAUUUAUGAAAAUUAAUAAUUUAUGAGCAAACGCAAUUCUCUAAAUAAAACCAUGGCUAAUUUCAAGACUUAAGGCUUGAGACAGUCGGAAUAUGCCCUUGUUACUGCAAAAAAUAGAAACCAGUAUUCACUAAUAAAUGAAGGUUAUGGACAGUAAUUGAAAAGCCUAAAUGAAGAAAAGGCAUAAUUAUAGAAAAGGUAUAAUUCAUCUUUAAAAGUUAAAAAAGAUUCACUCCCAUUUUAAUCAGACACCUCUACUUUACAUUCACAGCUUGCUGACAAAAUAAAAGAAUUCCGCAGAGAAAUGAGUGAGAAGAAAGAUUUGAAUGAAUCUCUUAAAGACGAAAGCGUGAAUAAAUUUCGGAGCACAAUUCAAAGCUUUGGCUUAGAUAUUAGCAAAUAGGUAAGAUUUGAAUUAAUGUCUCCAUUAAAAUGUGACUAUUUUUAUAGACUCUUAAUAAAAUAAUCAAUCAGUGAACCUGAAGAGAGAUCACUCAAUCAAAUCAUUCCAAUUCAAACUCAUUUUAACUUACCUCAGGACUGCAUCUAACUCACUGCAGUGCCUUCAAAUAAUAGUUUGAAUGUGAUUCGUUAUUUAUCUUAUUAAUAUUAUUCUGAGGUUAAGUUUAUAUUAAUGGAAGUAUAAUAAUUUAGUUAAAGAUAAUUAAUGCACAAACAAUAAAUACAAGCUCAAAAAUACAGAAGAUCUAAGGAGACCAGCUUCGUGAUGUAAACCACUACAAAUCCUAAUGCCCCUGAUUUGAGAGUUGACAGGAAUAGAUCUAAUUUCCGUUCACUGCUAAUAGAUACAUCUCAGUCUCCAAUGAAGGGCGCUUUGAGCACUUAAGCAGGUGAUAGUUAUUACUAAAAAAACUUGGCAUAGAAAAAUUGCUUAAAUUGUGGAAAUUAAUGA